CCCUCGAACCGCUGCGCCGCGCUUUGACUCUACAUCUGUGGCCUGAUGCGCCCAGCAUCUGCCCGCCGAGCUGCAGCUGACGCCUGCCUUCUCUCCUCUUCCUCUCUCCCUCCUCAUGUCUGCUGCGGCCGAUCCUCCCGCCGUUGUGCGCCGGCGCGCUGGCACUCUGCAUCCUCAUACGACGCCCUCAUCUGCCGCUCGCUCGCCUGGGCCGCCCGUCGCUCCUCGCUCCACUCCUUCUUCGCCGCGCGGGCUUGCUGUCGCCGUCGUAAUGCAGCAGCAGCACCAGCGGCAGCAGCAACAGCCGCAGCAGCACCUGCAGCAGCACCCGCAGCAGCAGCUGCAGCUUCUGCAGCAGCAAGAGCACCUGCAGCAGCAUCUGCAGCCGCAGCCGCAAAGCGUCGGGCGCCAGGGCUUGACCCAUCAGCGCUCGCACUCGGGCGUACUCACUCCCGCCACACCUGGCUUGCACGCCGGCGACACCGUCGUCGUCAAGACCGAAAAGGUACCGCCCGCCGCGUGCGACUUUGCGGUACCCGUCCGACGCCUGUCGUACCAGAGCUGCCUCUCUGGGGCAAUGGCAACGGCGCCGUCGCUGGCAUCCCCUGUUCCUCAGCCCGCGCGUGCCCUCUCAGACCGCCGACACGUCUCUGGCGAAGGCCCGAGCCCUCGCGCGAGUCCACGUCCCAUGCAGUCUGGCGUUCAGGAUGAAGCGGCGUGGGAGGCCCGCAGACGCCGGGGCGCGGAGGAGGACGGCCGCUACGCCAACUCCCCUCACACAUCGUACAGCUCUCUGCGCCACUCGCCGCAGAGCCGCUCGACCCAGCUGCGCGACGCAGACGCGCGCCACAUGCCGUCCGGACGUCUGGCCCAGGGCCCAUCUGCGUCCUCGCCUGCGUAUGGCAUGGCACGCAACGGGCAGCCCUCGCCGCGCACGCAGCUGCCGAGCUUCAACAACCUCACCUCGCGUGAGGAAGACGCAGCCAAUGGCAAGCGCCGGAGACAGGAUGCUGACGAGCCGCUCGACGAGGAUGAGGAGGCGUACCGCGCUCGUAUGCGACGCGGCCCCGAGCACAACGGCCGCUACUCGCCGCCGGAUGCUCGCACCCACAGCAGUGCCUCGCUGCUUCCACCCACUAGCCACGAGACGCGCGGCGGCCCGGACGCGCCCUAUGAGAGCAGCGUCCCGCUGAACCGCCGGCGCGGCGACGCCGCACAAGCCAAGGCUAGCCGGCUGCACAUCGACACCGGUGCCACGAGCAGCCCGACGCACGACCAGCUGUCCGACGGCCGGCGUCCCGAUGGCCGCACGCCGAUCGCGCGCUCCGCGCCGCCGCAGAAGAUGUCGUUCGAGGCGCAAGAGGCUCCCAACCCGCCGUUCCAUCCCAUGGCGGCGCACAACCACGUCAGCGCUGUGCGCGCUCGCGAGGGCGAAGACGAGCGCCACGUUGGCUCGCCUCAGCAGCGCAGCAGCGCAGCGCGCCCCGAGCCUCCUCGCCAUGUGCUCGCUCCCCCGCCGGCGUCGGCGCGCUUCGUGCCGCAGACGGCGACGCUGCCUUCGCCCGCCUACCACUCAACGGCCUUUAUGCGCGGCGGCCCGCCCGUGCCGCAGAGCAACAACCCGCCGCGCACGGCUGGCCUGCCUCCGCAGACGGCGCGCCUGCCUGAGCACUUGCGCUCGCCGCCGAGCAGCAAGACGCAGUUCCUCUCGCUCUUUUCGAACUUCUACGACUCGCUCAGCGACUCGCGCACGCUCAAGGCCACGCUCGAGGACCAGGUGCGCCGCUCCAACACACUGCUGCAGACGCUGCAGCGCUCCAGCCGCGUGCUCGACGCCACCGUCGACCGGCGCAUCCGCGAGGAGCGCCUGGUGUGGGAGAAUCGCGUGCAGGGCCUCGAGGCGCGCGUGCGGGAGCUCGAGGCCAAGGCGGGCUCCGGCUCCGGCUCGUCGCCGCCCGAGACCAAGCCCGUAAUUGCGCCUGCGACCAACUCAGACGCUGCGCCGAGCGGCAGCGCGCCGGCUGCCGACAAGACUGCGGCCCCUGCUCCGCGCGGCUCCGCUCCGUCGAGCGGCCGCAAGACGCCUCCGGCCGACGAGGCGAUGGAGGACGCCGAGGAGGGCGACGAGCUCCAGUCGAACCGCGAUGAGGACUAGCGCCCGUGCUCCCGCCUCGUCCCGCACAUUCCCUUUUCCUGUCACCAAGCGCCCGAGACCAUUGCCCGUCUUUUCUUCUCUCGCCCCGCGCAGCGUUUCACGCUCAGCCGCACUCUUUCACCGCUUAGCUUCGACCUCGCCACGAGUGUCCCUCUGGAUUCUGGCCACCCCUUUGUAACUGUAGCAGCGCCGCGAAAAAGCGAGUUUGUCACCACCCCGACAAGGUGUCUAGAA